GUAAUACAGCAAACAAAUAUCAUGGGAACCCACACCUUCAACAAGGUAACCUCCCUUGUUUUCCUGGUUUUGUUUGCUUCUUUACAUUCUUCACUUCCCUUUGCUUCUGCCUCUAGUGAAGAAGUAAAUGCUCUUCUCAAAUGGAAAUCCAGCCUCCAAAAUAGAACUCUGUCUGUCCUAUCUUCGUGGACGCUGCUUCCCCACAAUGCAACCAACUCCAAAUCCUGCACCGGCCCCUGCACCUGGUAUCACGAUGAAUGUAGGGAUAGGGAGAAUAGGGGGAGAAUAGGAGGAGAAGUUGGAGUAGAAGUAGGGAUAGAUAUGAUGGUGACAGGUACUGGGGCAGGGAAUGGGAUGAUCAUCUUCAAAGCAUGAGCCGUAGCAUCAGUCCUGAUCACCACAGGCAUCGUGGGAGGAAUGAUCAGAUGGGCUGGUCUAAUGGAAGCGGGUGGUUAAAAUGUCUCUCCACCUCACCAUAGCCCAAACCCUAGGAGCCAAUCUCCAUGCAGGACACCUGGUAUCAAUGAUUCUCCUAGACCAAGAAGUGUUUCACCAUGUCUCCUUAUAGGUCCUAUGGUGAUGAAUGAUGGCUAAAUGCCAUGCCCUUAAAGCAUCACAUCCGAGUGAGUUGGACUUACCUGGUUCUGUAAUGCAGAAGAAAUAUUGAAGUAAUGCUUAUUAUCAGCAAACUAUUGAGUUAUAGAGUUGGCCGCAAUUAGUGUUUAUUUAGGUUUAAGUUUCUCUGUUGAAAUUACUCUGCUAAAAAUGUAUCCGUUCUAUUGUUUAUCAGUUGAUAUUUUCUGCUUCAUGCUUGUUACUUGAGAAACAAAUUGCAUUGUUGAUGAUGUAUUUUUGUGACAAGCUCGCUAGUAUUUAUUCAAGAUCUUUGCUCUGUACUCUUUUUUAGGCUCUUAAAUGAAUAAAUUUCAUUGUUUUAU